AUGAGUAAAGCAUUUAUUGGUAAACCAGCGCCUUCUUUCAGCGCGGAAGCUGUGGUUGAUGAAGACUUUAAGAAGAUUUCCCUAUCGGAUUAUAAGGGAAAAUAUCUUGUACUUUUUUUCUACCCUGCAGACUUUACUUUCGUAUGUCCAACAGAAAUCAUUGCAUUUUCUGACCGAUUCGAUGAAUUCGAAGCAUUGAACUGUGCCGUCGUUGCCGCAUCGACGGAUACUAAGUUUUCACAUUUCGCAUGGAUACAGACACCCAGAAAGAAAGGAGGACUUGGAAAUAUGCGUAUUCCUAUAAUUGCCGAUCAGACACAACGCAUCGCCAAGGACUAUGGGGUGCUUAAGGAGGAUGAAGGCGUUUGCUAUAGAGGAUUAUUUAUUAUUGAUGGAAAAGGAAUUAUACGGCAGAUAACGAUCAACGAUUUACCAAUUGGCCGCUCAGUGGAUGAGAUUAUUCGUCUUAUCCAAGCGUUACAAUAUACCGACGCACAUGGAGAGGUUUGUCCGGCUGGGUGGAAACCUGGAAAAGAUGCAAUAAAACCAAAUGCAAUCGACUCUAAAGAAUAUUUCGAAAAACAAUAA